GUAUGAACCCAUAAACCUGAAUUCUCUGGUAGAUUUCUUUUGCUAUUCUUUACUGCAUAUUUUAAUAUGCAGAUUUUGUUUGCCCGUCAAUGAAGUUACCUCUUAAAAGCAUCCUCAAGUUUCUCUCUCUUUUUCUUUAUCUCUUUCCAUUUUCAUAUUUUAGGUCUCAUUUUUCCUCGUUAUCUUCUCUGAAUCCUAACAUUUCCCACAGAACAAUCUGCCUUCUACCUCAUAAUCAUUCCAUCUAUCUCUGCAACUUCAGUUUGAAGACUUGUUUGUUUGUAUCUCCUCUUUCCUCUGCUUCAAUCUUUCUUUCUCUUAUCAUCCAAAUAUUCCCCCAUGAAUCUUCAAACAAGCUGCUCCUUGCUGUUUUUGUCGUCUAGAAACUCAUACUAAUCUAUUUUUGAAUUCAACCCUUUUGUCUUCUUCUUGGCCCGUCAAAUUUGAAUCCUUUUCUUCAGCUUUUCUUUCCAAGUUCUUGAAUAUUCAACCUUCUUUUCAUUGCUUUUAUUAGUAUGUGCUCGGAGACAAGUCCUAGAGUGUCAUUUUCCCAUGAUCUUUGCCAGGCGGAAGCUGUAGUAGCCAUUAAUGAAAUGAAGUCUCGAAGGGACACUCAGCUCAUGGACUCGAAUCCAGAGUUUGAAUUCAGCAUUCCAAGCUGUUCUGAACAAGAAUCGUCUUCAGCCGAUGAGCUUUUCGCCAAUGGUGUGAUUCUACCGGCACAAGUACCCCUGAAACGUUCUUCUGCUCCGCCGUCUGUUUCUCUUCCUCCUCUUCUUCCUCCUCCUCCUGACACCGCAAAGGAGGAGGCCAUGAUUAUGAAGCCUCAACAGGCUAAAUCUUUCUGGGGUUUCAACAGAAGUUGCAGCCUGAAUCAUGAAGCUAAGAAAAGUCUGAUUUGUUCUUUGCCUCUUCUAUCUCGAAGCAACUCAACUGGUUCAGUGCCUAAUAACAAACGAUCGCCAUCGUUAAAAGAUAAUCAUAAUCACAAUCACAAGGCAAGGUCUUCGUCAACUUCUUCUUCUUCUUCUUCUACAGCGUACCAGAAGCCUCCAUUGAAGAAAAACUAUGUGGGUUCUUAUGGAAACGGUUUGAAAAUCAAUCCUGUGUUGAAUGUUCCACAUCCUUAUAUCUCUAAAGGGACUGCAAAUCUCUUUGGUUUGGGGUCUCUCUUACGCAGUGGAUCGAAGGAUAAGAAGAACAACAAGAAGUGAUCUGUAAUUUUUUGCUUUCUAUUGAUGUUCUCUGUUCUUGUUGAAUCUCGAGAGUUGUAAACCGUAUGUACAUGUCUCACUCUCAUGUAAUAGAUCAAAAGAGAUUGAAUUAUUAA